AUGACUGAUUACCCUCAUCGAUUCUUUGAUAUGGGCGGCAACAACACUGCGCCUAAUUCAAUCCUUGCUAUGGCUAGCCUUUCGCAGCCAGGUCCUGAUAUUCUCGACUAUGAUGGAGAUAGCGGCACAACAACUACUCUCCAUCAUAACUUGUGGAUGAAUUCCAUGUUUGCUAAUACUACAGUUGGCGAAAUCAUGCAAUUGAACGGGUCUGCUAUUUGUGCGGAAUAUGUCAUCGCCAAACAUGCUGUCAUCUAUAACACGAGUGUGGAUACAUAUGGAAACUAUGUAUCGCUGUUCUAG